AAGGAUCGCCAAAAGAGCAGCCUGGAUCUCUUUGAAAAGGUUUAUCGGCUUUGGCUUCACUAUGGUUCCAGGAGGAAGAGACGAAGAGACAGUCCCCGCCAAAGAAAGGAAAGGAAGAAGGGAAGCCUUCAUCACCAAACGGAAGCAAGCCUUUGGUCGCUUCAAGUAUUUUUCCGUGGCCAAUCUGAGGAUCCUCCGCGGGCAAAGUAAAAGUCAAGGAUACCAUUGGAUGGAGAAGUGUGGCUGCAAAGAAGCGACCCAAGAAGAAACACAACAACGCUUUGGAGUCAGGAGUCCAACUAACCAACUAACUAUAACCGAUCAUAUCAUAUCAUUGGUUCGAAGUUCUAGCUAGUAGUCAGGAUGAAUGUGAAUAUUUGGGGUUGUCGGGGAUCGAUUGCUCGAUCUCACCCCGAAUUGAUUACCUAUGGAGGCAAUACGCCCUGUGUGGAAGUAGUGGUGCGGGGAGGUGAUGCCGACAACAGCGACAAUAGCGACGGUGAAGAGGGGCAGGAAACCAGAAUUGUGUUGGAUAUGGGGAGUGGCGCCUACGAUCUGGGACAAAAGCUAGUAAAGUUGGGACCACUCAAAGAUCAUCAUAUUCUAUUGACCCACUGUCACUGGGAUCACAUUCAAGGCUUUCCUUUUUUUGCUCCCUUUUUUAUUCCCCAAAGUGAAUGGCAUAUACACGCUCCAGGAGGUUUUACCAGCUCGUUGAAAGAAAAACUAGCCAGCCAAAUGAGCUACGAAUUCUUUCCCCUUUCCAUUGAUAUGCUGGGAGCUUCCAUUGAUUAUCAUGAACUGACGGAAGGGACACUGACGUUGGGGGCAGAAAACAGUCACCAAGUGCUGGCGACGUGCCAGUUCCUAAACCAUCCCGUACUGACCCUGGGGUAUCGGUUGGAGUCCACCGAACACGGAGCUUCCAUGGCGUACAUUACGGAUCACGAACCCUUCAAUCGAGCCUUUGCUACAGAGGGGUACAAACGCAACACUUCCGUCAACCCCAACGAUGGGUCCAACACCACGGCUGCCAAUGGCGACGACAGACACGUCGAUUUUCUCAAAAACGUCGAUCUACUCAUUCACGACGCACAAUACACUGCCGAGGAGUACAAGGGAAAGACGGGAUGGGGUCAUGGAACGAUCGAGUAUGUCGUGGAUAUUGCCAUGGCGGCCGAGGUCAAAACUCUAGUUUUGUUCCAUCAUGAUCCACAACGCACCGAUGAGCAGGUGGAUCGAUUGGUCCAACUGGCCCAAGAAAGGGUCCGUCAAGCAAACAGUACCCUGCAAGUCAUGGCAGCGGCAGAUCGAAAGGAAAUUUAUGUACCUCCAAAGAAGGAUAUCCAGAGUGUUCGAGACUCCAUGGCGUCGAUGGAUCUCAGUGCGAGCUCGGCUCUUACCAAACCAAUCCAAGAGGGGGCAUCGAAAAGAGAGAUUCUAGUCUCGUGUCGUUGCUCCGAGGAGGUAUUUGCGGAUUUGGCCGAGGAUGGCAUCGAAGUGACGUUUUAUCCGCAAGACAACAAUGGCAAUCUACUCUUUCCACAACGAGACGACCCGUUUCGAGCUUCCAAAUUGAAGAAAUGGUCGUUAGUAAUGAUUUCUUGCAACACCAAGUACAAGGAUUGCAAAAGUGGAGUCGAGUUGUGUCGCCGCUUACGGCAGAGUACUACAUCAUGCGGAGAAAUACCCAUACUUUUGGUGGCCAAGGACCGCGAGGAAUUGAAACGGUAUCAAGAAGACUCUGAUGAUGCCGGGGUGACAGAUUGGAUUGUGGAGCCGUUUACUCCUGCGUACAUGCGGACCCGUAUUCGCAUGGGGGUUUCCAGGAGCCCUUGUCGGUGGGUCCCACCUGAGAUUCCACAGUGCGAGCUUUUGAGGCGUGCUUCUCUCGAGGAACUGGGAGUGGCGAAAGAAAAGGAGACUCGUUUUGAUGCCAUUAUCGAAUUGGCUCGCAUUUCAUUGGGUGUCGCUGGCGUGUCCUUGAAUCUCGUUGAGGCUGAUUAUCAUUGGACCAAGUCCUUUUCCUGUCCAAUGUUUGCUGGUAUCGAGCUACCUAAUGUACCCCGCGAUGUAUCCAUGUGCAGCCACACAAUUCUUCAAAAGGACCUCCUCGUCAUCAACGAUACCCGGGCGGAUGGCCGCUUUGCCGACAAUCCACAAGUGGCAGACGGAGUCAAGGUGCGGUUCUACGCGGGAUGUCCAAUCCCCGUCCCUCACAAGAAUGGUGGAGAGUACAAUGUUGGGACUCUUUGUGCCACCGACUUUAGACCGCGCAAGUUUGACGAACGGGAGAAGGACAUGCUCCGAAAGUUUGCGUGGUUGGUAAGGCGAGAACUAUUGGCGUGCGGUGCCUCCGCCAAGAAUGGAGCAUCAAUGCCAAUUGCAGUAGUAGCAGAGCCAGAAGCAGCACGAAGGCCGGACGCAUCAGCACCAAAGCCGAAGGCAGCAACGCCAAAAUGGGGGGCGUCUGUAGAGUGUUAGUGCCGUGCACAGACAACUCAAGUGGAGGUCGAGGACGAGCGAAACAAUGCUGAUGGCGCUACUCGCCCAGUGCAAAUAAUUAGAGAGUUAUGGCAAACGGGGGCCGAAAGGUACCCUCGAGUUGCCAUCGUAUUCAUCCACGUGCAUGCACUUUUUGUCAACCUGGGCAAGGCUGACAAGCUACAUUCCAAACGAGCAGUAAUACAAAACUAGGCUAGCUUAUUAUUAUUU